CUCAAUAUAUGAAUGAUCUUUUUCUUUUGUUGAGUUGAAUCAUCCGUGACCUUGCUUUUCUUUUCCAAAGAAAUACAUAGUUUGAGACCAUAGUUUUCAUAAGUUGUUUAAGCCAACUCUAUUAAUUGGCAAGUUUGGCAACGGUCGAAGGUUUCAGUCAAGAAAGAUAUUAUUUCUCGAGUUUUGGAAAAUCCAAAAAUGGCAAACUUGGAAAAUGCUGUUAACAAUGAAAUUGUUGGUUUAGAGAAUGCUUUUGUUGCCCCUGAAAAUGAUAAUUCUGUGUCUGUCACUAAUUCACAAGGCACACCUGAAUAUAUUGCUACGGGCUCGCACAGGGUGGAUUUAACCGGGAUGCCGGAAAAAUUUUCUGGGCAUUUUUUCAAGCGUUGGCAACAACGCAUGAAAAUUUGGUUAAUCACCAAGGGCUUGCUUUCAGUGAUUAUGACGGUGUGUCCUCCGGUUGUCGAAUCUGAUCCCAAAAGUCUUGAACGUCAUGGACUUUGGCUUGAGAGGGACGAAAUUGCAAAAGGCAUGAUUCUCAUGGGUUUAUCCGACAUGUUAUUUGAUGUCUAUUGUACCCUCCAUGGGACGGCCAAAGACCUUUGGGAUGAGUUAGAUAGAAAAUAUAAUACUGAUGACCACGGUCUUGAAAAAUAUAUUGUUUCUAAAUUCCUACGAUUUGACAUGAAAGAAGGAAAAUCGGUUUUAGAAC